UUGUACUCGCCCACAAUGAGAUGGCACAUCCUGACCGCCGGCGUGUUCGCGGCUCUUGUCGACUCAACACCACAAUAUGACCUGUGUGCCGGUUACUGUUCUAUCAAGGCUGGCUACUCUUCCAUCCCCACUUCAGGACACUCUCCCGAGACGACGUAUGUGACGGAGACAGUCGUCGAGACCAGAACUGUCACUGAAACCGAGAAUGUUGCCACCACCGUGUACGAACCGACGACUGAGCGUAUCACCUUGAUCGCGAUCUCGACCGUUUACAUCACGGAUGACUACACGGCCACGGAGGUUGGGACCUAGAGCACCGUGUUGUCAGGGAUAACAUCCUAUCCGGCCACGAUCACUACAUCUGUCUGCUCACCUACGCCCGUAUAUGGCCUCUCCCUGGGAGUUGACCAAGAGCUUGUCGACCUCGAGCUGGGUACCCUGGACCGGCAGACGGACUGCACUUACUAUACGACAACAAUCUGGACGACGGCCGCGGUUGAGACGAGUGGCAACAUUGCGUCGACCACUCACGUUCAAGUCUCUUCGUCGCCAGACCAUUCAACGGAAGAUGUGACGCAAGUCACCACCAGCACGUUGCCCCGUCCUGUUGACUCUUC